GGUGUUACGUAUAUCCGGCGAGGAGCUGGCGGUCCCGGGUGCUGCUGGGCUCUGUGCUCUGAGGGAGGGUCGAAGCCGCCCGCCGCCGCUGGAGGAGUCCCUUGGGCUGUAGUAAGCAUUAAUAAUGUCUUUCAUCUUUGAGUGGAUCUACAAUGGCUUCAGCAGUGUGCUCCAGUUCCUAGGACUCUACAAGAAAUCUGGAAAACUUGUGUUCUUGGGUUUGGACAAUGCAGGCAAAACCACUCUUCUACACAUGCUCAAAGAUGACAGAUUGGGCCAACAUGUUCCAACAUUACAUCCAACAUCAGAAGAGUUGACAAUUGCUGGAAUGACUUUUACAACUUUUGAUCUUGGUGGGCAUGAGCAAGCACGUCGGGUUUGGAAAAAUUACCUCCCAGCCAUUAAUGGGAUUGUUUUUCUGGUGGACUGUGCAGAUCAUCAUCGCCUCAUGGAAUCCAAAGUGGAACUCAAUAUUCCUCACUUCAUGUCUUGUCUUCAGGCUUUAAUGACUGAUGAAACAAUAUCCAAUGUGCCAAUCCUUAUCUUGGGUAACAAAAUUGACAGAACAGAUGCAAUCAGUGAAGAAAAACUCCGUGAGAUAUUUGGGCUUUAUGGACAGACCACGGGAAAGGGGAAUGUGACUCUUAAGGAGCUGAACGCCCGCCCCAUGGAAGUGUUCAUGUGCAGCGUGCUCAAAAGGCAAGGCUACGGCGAGGGCUUCCGCUGGCUCUCCCAGUAUAUUGACUGAUAUUUGGACAGUGAGAAUAAGAGUUUGACUUCUCUGGACUGAUCCUAUUCACAGCUUCCUCAUGAACUUUUCUAAUAGAACAAGGAAAGCUCUCCAACCAUGUCUGGCGUUGAGAAGCCAAGAGUCUCUGUCAGCUCUCAUCGCCCAGUGGUGACAUGUGCUCUUCUCCACACUGUCGGGAGGUAACGCUGCCCCACGUGCUGGUGCAGGUCAGCAUCCCGGGACUUGGAAGCUGGCAAGAUUUGCCGGGUAAAGCUGUGUGCCAUCAUGGGCUACCUGAUAAGAAAAACACGUCUCACCACUGUGGUUGAUUUCAAAAGAAAGUGAUUCUAUUUUUUAAAGAAAGUGUUGUUAAUGUAAUUGGUUUCCCUCCUAACUUUUUAAGUUUACAAUUUACUUGGUCCAGAGUUUUCUAUUCCUUUUUUUUUUUUUUUUAAAUCUAGUGAAUGGCAUUUAGAUACUUCAUAAAAUUAUGCACAGAUACAUAUUGGAGGCCACACCUCGGUCAGGUGAACUUAUUCCUGUUGAGUUAGCAGGUUGGUGAGAGAAGCUCCCCUGUCUGGGGAGCUGCCUUGGAGUAGGUGACAUCACCUUGUACGCAGAGAACUAAGAAAGGACAGAGCCCUGGCCUCAUAGUUGCAGCAGGUGUCCACUGUGGCAAGCUAGGGUUAUUCCUUAUCAUGGAGUGUAUAGCAGAGGAGUGAAUUACAGAGUGGGUCAUUAUUAUUAAUGUAAUCACUUAAACAGUUACGAAUUUCAGCCGGUCUUGCUUUUAACUCUUGUGAAGUUUCAUUUUUCUCUGUAGCACUUUCUCUUAUUUUCAGUUAUACAAAAUGACUUUCGCCUCAUAGAAGAGUUGAGAACAUCUCCCAUGUUGUCAUAUACUGCAGGUGUGUGUCAGUUCCUUUUGCACACAUUCUAGGGGGAAUAUUUCUGAAUAGGAGAAUCACACAGGACAAAGUUAACAGUCUAAGAUUCUUAAUUCUGUCACUUGAGAACUUAAAAAUCUGGUAUUUUAGCAUUUGGCAAAGUCUGGGAAAGAUUUACUUAGUGGGCCUUAAGUUUUCCCCUUGCAGAAUUUGGUCUAUGUACUGGACUGUUUAUAAGCUCUUUUAAUCAAAUUUUUUUUGGUCUUUAAAGGUUAACAUCUGUAGCUUUUCCAGGUUUUUUGUUUUGUUUUGUUUUUUUGGUACGAAAUUGCCUUUCUCCAUUCCAGAAAUAAGCUGGGGAAACUAAUCCAAGAAUUUUGUGUAGGGCUAUUAUUCCUAUUGAGCCAGCAUCCCUUAUUGUCAGUAAGCACCCAGUACAAAAGCCUUAGCAUCCCCAGUAGUGUGAUGAGGAUUGUUUUUGUAGCUUUCCAUUUUCUUAAUGUCAUGUGUGAAAUUGGAUUUUCAUGUUCUUAACCAGUUUUCUACCCUUGCAGAAAAAGGUGAUGGGAUAGGAGAUGGUCUUAAAAUGGGAAGGUAUCUUCAUUUUUCCUUUAAUGAAAGAUUAGAGGUAGUAUCCUCAGAAUUGAAAAUUGUGAUGAUGAUACUUAUUUGUAGAGGAUUCAAUUCAGUGGAUUCUUGCUUCUAAUGUGAGGGUAGGGAAAGUAUGGAUAACGUACUCCGGGGGUGAGAGAAUAUUGUUCUUCAGCUGGAUUUCUCAUUGUUAGUCUUCAGUACUGACCUGUGGGGAAAGCAUACCGUUUCACUGCCAGGUACCAGACGCGGAGGCUCAGUGCAGUAUAAGUCUGGGAAGAGCAUGACUUUAUUUAUGAGCAAGCAUAGCUGGAUUAAGACAAAAUUGUUCAUUUGGAAAGGGGUUAAAGCCUUAAGUGAAUAAAUCUAGCUAAAGGUGAGAGAAUUAGGUAGUUAACUUGCAUACUUUCAAUUUUCUAUGGCUAAAGAUAACCCAUGCUUCUCUAUCCAGAGACAUGAGAAGUAUGAUUGCUUCAGUGUUAGUUUUUCUUGCUGUUGUUUCUUCCCUAAUCACUUUGUAGCAAGCCAGAAAACUGUAGAUUCUAUGCAGGGCAGCUCUUUGUGAAAGUGGCUUAUUUUGGCCACUGGAGAAAGAGGGGAUUGAAAAGUCCAGUAGCACCAGUCUAUUUCUUGCCCCACAGAAAACACUGGUCCUAUAAUAACAUAGUGGAAAGAAGCUGCUGUGAGGAGCUCGGCUCCUAACAGUGAGGAUCAGAGCUUUGUACAGGAACUCCCAUGAAUUGAGACUUUUCAUUCUGUUUAUCAGAGUGCAUAUAUGUCCUAUUUCAGGAAAAGUAAAACCGUCAUUUACAAAAGAAAGUCAAUCUGUAUCCUAAGCAUUUUAAUAAAAAGUUAAAACAAA